UGCCAAUUCACCCACCACACUUUGUCCAUAAUCCGAGGCAGAGUUUCUCUCUCCUCUUUACUCACACAAUAACACUCCCUGCCAGUACCCCACUGUUCAUGUUCCCUUUAUAUGAUAAUAAUAAAUAAUACUACUACCAUCGUCUCCCCCUUCCAAGAAUUCCCAGUUCAUCCCAGUUCUUGAAUUCCAAAACACAAAAUCCCAGAAACUAAAAAAGGCUCCAGAAAGAAACACACUCGAGCUGAGUAAAGCUACAAAAAAGGACAAGUCUUGAUUCUUGAAGGAUAAACAUACUUCAACAGCUAGCAGAUUAAGAUGAGAACUAGCAGCCAACUGAUAGGUCUACUAAACUUCUUGACUUUCCUAGCCUCUAUACCAAUACUAGGAGGUGGAAUAUGGCUGAGCAGCAGAGCCAGCAACACAGACUGCUUGAAGUUUCUUCAGUGGCCUUUGAUCAUAAUAGGCAUAGCUAUCAUGGUUGUUUCUUUGGCUGGUAUUGCUGGUUCUUGCUACGGGAACACUUUCCUCAUGUACCUUUACUUGUGGGCUAUGUUUGUAAUCAUAGCAACCCUUAUUGGCUUUGUGAUAUUUGCUUAUGCUGUGACUGAUAAAGGGACAGGCAGGCCUGUUUCGAAUAAAGUUUAUCAAGAGUAUUACUUGCAGGACUACUCUGGAUGGCUGGAGGAAAGGGUCACAAGUCAGAGUUAUUGGCCAAAGAUCAGUUCUUGCAUCAGGGAUUCUCAUGUUUGUGGCAAGCUGAGAAGGGAUUUUGGUGGAAUUCCUGAAAGUGCUGAUAUGUUUUCCAUGAGGAAGCUCAGUCCUAUUGAGUCUGGAUGUUGCAAACCUCCCACAGGAUGUGGCUAUGUCUAUCAGAAUGAGACGGUUUGGAUUAUGGGAUCAGGCAUGGUCGGAACUGAUCUCGAUUGCGGAAGGUGGAACAAUGAUCAAGAGACACUGUGCUACAAUUGUGAUUCGUGUAAAGCUGGUGUUCUGGGAAGCUUAAAGAAGAGUUGGAGGAGGGUCUCUGUGAUCAACAUUGUUAUCUUGAUCAUCCUGGUAAUUGUUUAUGUGGUGGCCUGUGCAGCAUUUAGGCACGACAAGCGGAUGGACAACGAUGAACCUUACGGUGAAACCCGAAUGGAGAAGGUACAGCCCACCAGGAUACAUUUUUGAGACAAGCUCAAUGCGAAGCAAAUUUGGUAUCUAUCUUCUGAGUUUGCUCGUUCACAAUCCCUAUUUAGGUGAAAAGAUUUGUACUAAAUAUGAUAUUGGAUGGUAAGGUUGACUGUAGAUGCGUGUAUAUUUUAUUGUUCUUCUCAAAGUCGUGUUUUCGGAAUUUGUUUCUGAAGAUUGGAAGAACAGUACUCUAGUAUUAUUAUAAGUUUGGGUCGCUGGUUGAGAGGGUUGAAUGAUUAGC